UCAGUACUCUGAAGCGAUUAUGACCACGAUCUUACUCAUUUGCGGCACCCUGUUCAUCGCCGUCGGUGAGACCUCGCUGGCCUUUUCCUUGGAUGGCUACGACAGCAAGAUUGACAGUCCUUUAGGGCCAAAAUCUAUGGCCGAUAUGGUUCUGCCUCACGGAUACCCUCUGGAAGAGCACGAGAUCGAGACGGAAGAUGGCUACCUCCUGACAGUUUACAGAAUUCCUUACGGACUCAAUAACUCGGCCCAGGGCUCCAGGCGUCCCCCGCUUUUCCUCCAACACGGCAUUUUGAGCAAUUCCGCCUGCUGGGUACUCAGCGAUCCUUCUAAAGGACUAGCAUUCAUUCUGGCUGACGCCGGGUACGACGUGUGGAUGGGCAAUUCUAGAGGCUCCACCUACAGCAGAAAGCACAGGACGCUCAAUCCGGACAUCGACAAAGCACAAUUUUGGAACUUUUCGUUCCACGAGAUGGGCUACUACGAUUUGCCUGUCGUCAUCGAUUUCAUCCGUGAAAGGACAAAAGAGGACAAGGUCACAUACGUCGGUCACUCCCAAGGGACGACGAUUUACUUUGUGCUGGCGUCCACGAGGCCGGAAUACAACGACAGGAUAAAAGUGAUGUCAGCUUUGGCACCGAUAGCUUUCCUAGGCCAUACAAGAGGCACCGUACGACUGCUCACGAGGUUCAGCUUCAUUUUAACAAAAAUCAUUCAGUGGUGGGGUAUUUACGAGCUCUUCCGCGAUAAUUUCCUCCUACAUUUCUUAGUCGGCGAGAUUUGCAGGCGGAGAGCUUUCACGAGACCAAUUUGCGACAACACCCUAUUCUUAUUCGCCGGUUUCGACUCCCAACAACUAAAUAGCAGCUUAAUACCAGAAAUAGCGGAUCACUCACCUGGAGGAGCAUCUUCAAAGCAAUUUAUUCACUUUGGCCAACUUGCUAACAACGGGGAAAAGUUUCGAAUGUUCGACUACGGUCGUGACAACAGGAAUCACUACGGGUCAGACGCACCGCCGGAGUACCCCUUGGGAAAAGUAACUUCGCCGGUUAUAUUGCAAUUCUCGGACAACGAUUGGCUCGCUGGUAUAAAGGACGUCGAGAAACUCUACGGGAGCCUUCCGAACGCCAGGAAAUUCGAAGUCCCUUAUCCUUACUUCAACCAUCUGGACUUCUUGUGGGCGAUCAACGUCAGAGAGGUCCUUUACGAUCCUCUUAUCAAAAUGUUAAAAGAAUAUCAAUAAAUUUAAUUCGCAUGUA